AUGUCACUACAAAGGCACUUGAUUAAUUCGGUCCAAAAGGCAUACAAAAGACUGCCUUUGUUGCCUAUGGUAUCCAAACAAAAUAGGCCAGUCCACAAUACUGCUACCUUGACCAGUGAUAAAUUCAGCAGGUUUCCUGUGCCACCCACAGACAGUCUUCCAGAAGAUGUGAAAGCUAGAAUUUCAGAAGUCACAGAAAAGUCAGGGUUCACCCCGAAUGUAUUUUCCACCCUUUCAUAUCGACCUGCAGAGUUUAGGGCUUUCUUCAACUACUAUGAUAUUGUUAUGGAAGACAGAGGAAGCCUGACAAUGGCAGACAAAGAAAUGAUAGUGGUUGUAACCUCGGCAGAAAACAAAUGUCUAUAUUGUAUCAUUGCUCACAGUGCCCUGCAUAGAAUCUACUCCAAACAGCCUGAACUGGCAGAUCAGCUUUCUGCAAACUGGCGUACAGCAGAUAUAGACAAUAGACAGAGGGCUAUUCUAGAGUUUGCCUUAGAUCUGUGUCACUGUAGACCGCUCACAGAGGAACACUUUACAAAGCUGGAGGCUCAUGGACUUACCCAAGACGAUGCCUGGGACAUCGGCUCAGUUGUAGGGCUAUUUGCUUUGUCAAACAGAAUGGCGUUUCUUACAAACAUGAAACCAAAUAAAGAGUUUUACCUGAUGGGCAGAGUGAAAAAAGAGAAAAAAUGAUUGUAGAGAGUUUGCCAAUUGUCAUUUGAUUUUAUUGUUCAGGAUUAUGCGUAGACUCAAUAGUGUCUAAUCAGGUUUUAACUACAUUUACAUGUAUAUUAUGAUUGAUCAUUAUAUAUAGGAUACAUAUUUAUAUAUAUAUGAAUUAUAUACUUCAAUGUUAUAAUCAGACUAACUUGAAAUGCCUUUAAGUCAUUUUGUGUGGGAGCGUGUCAAGAUAUGGAACAAUUUUUUACUGAUUUGGCUUUUGAAAAGCCUGUUAGAGCUUGCUUGUUGGUUUUGAUUCCUGUACUUUUAGGUCUUGGUUAAAAUUUUAGGCUACUUGGCCUGACCCUGUAGUUGAAACUGUUGUAUUGAAAAUUUUGUAUUGUUUUUUUCAUGACUUUGUUAGUAAAUGCAAGUUCUCUGAUCAGUUUCUUAAGAACUCGCACAUUGAAUGUUCCUGCCUAACAGAAUGAGGCUCCUUACAAGGAUGUAUUCAUGAUUCCAAUUACACGUCAACGAGAGUAAUAAAUGUUAUGUUGUAGAGACUUGUUUCAAAAUUGUUGUACGGUAAAAUAAACAAGUUUAAACUAUUUUAUUACAUUGCAAGUAUUUUGGUGUUUGUAUUGGUAUUUAAUUGAAAAUGUACAUAACACAUGCUCAGUCAUGUUUAAUCAAGCAAAAUUGUUAUAAAUACUCAUGGACUAUAUCUGUAGGAAGUUAAUCACUCCCUCUUUCAAUCCAACUAGGUACAGUUUUGAAGUAUAAAUAAAAUACAAAACAUAUUUAUUUUUAAACAUUUAUAAGUAGGAAUGUAAGUAAUGAAAUAAAACAAGCAAGGAAAACAAAGAGAUCUAUUUUUUCCUUCUUUAACAUGAUCCUCUUCUUUUUUAGUCCAGGUUGUUAACCUAUAUUUACCAAUUAGGAAUUUUGCCAGGUUUUAAUUGAAAUCAGAAGGACUAUUAAAUGUUCAUAUAAAAAAUAGUUUAAUGUUAUAUAGAUCAGGGAAACAAUCCUUACAUUAAUAUGUAAAAAAAAUGUUAUGAUAUAUGUUGAUGAUAUGAUUAUCUCCAAACCAAAUUUCUUUAACCAUCCACAUGUCCAGGUAGCAUGUUGGGGUAUUAUUCAUAGCAGUGAUAUAUCUUUGGGUAUGUUAUAAAUUGAUGUUAAUUAUAGUGUUUUCACUACAAUUGAUGUUGAUCAAGAUAUCUUGUGAUACUUCAGAAAGAAUUAUUGUGAUUGUGUAUUUUACGAAAAUAUCAGAUUUUUUUUAAUCUGGUUACAUGGAAAUAAAUUAUAUUUUUCCUUC